AUGGCCGACGCUCAGUUGGCCCCUCCGCAGAGGAAGGCUGAUCAGAGUCUGGAAAAUGAAACACUAAAGAAGCCCGACCCGAUCUCCGUCCCGAAUGGCUCAAAGCUGGCCUCACCCUUUCCGUCUCCCACCGACACGAACCGACCCGCCUCUCUGAGACAACCUCCGGCGAUAGACGCUGCAGAAAACGAGAAGGGGUUGGAAACGAAAGAACCGUUCAAGGUGAGCGCAGCAGUUGCUUCGAAUAAGGAGAAUUUGCGUUCCUCCUCGACACAACGUGGCUCUCCAAAGGAGCAUCCCUCCCCGGGUACUCGAUUGCCGAACAACGAUAGGGCCUCCUCAGUGAAUCGUCACAGACACCAAGCCUCGAUCCCCGGUAUAUCCCCUGCGUCCCGUGCCCCGAGUGUCCAAUUCCGUGAUACAGACAACGAAGCCCCUGAUGCGCCCGCAUCCCGGGGGCCAUCCCGGCCCUCAUCCAUGUACGGAGAAGAUGGAGAACAAACGAGGGGAAGGUCAUUCAUGACUAGAUUAAAGUCCCUGGCUGCAUCUCCGCCCUUUGCAUCACAUUCUAGGUCUGCGAGCGGAGCCACGAUCGGUGACUUCCGUCCAGUCCCGGCCGACAUGACACCAGGCUCUGAGCGUGGAGAGUUCCGCUUCCCUGAGCCCCUGACUGAGGAGGGGAGUGAUGCGGACGCUGAUGCCGAAGAGAGCGGAGGUGAACAACAAGCCGAACGCCCGAGAAGGAAGAUAAUCUUGCGACGUCGACGACAGACGGACGAAGACAUGGGAAACCGCACUGCCCCUACGACCCCCAAAACUACACGCCGGCCGUCAUUCCAUUUCGCGUCCUCAUUUGCUCCAUUCGAGAACUAUCGGACCAAUCUCUUUCCCCGCAGAGCUAGUACUACAGACUUCACGCCUCAGCCCCGAGAGGGCGUGUCCGAGGAUGAAGGUCGUGCUCAGCUAAGCAGGCGCAAGAGAAGCGCGUUGACCACUCGCGGCUUCUCUUAUAUUGGAAGGCAACAGCAGGAUGGUAACCAGGAUGAACCCCAGCGACCCAGUCAGCUAAGACGUUUUACCGGCAUUGGAGGCCCAUCGGAAAAUAAUGAGAGCCUUGCGGCUACCUGGAGACGCCAUCGAAACGAGCGGGGCACUAGUGCUAGUGCACAGCGUUGGAGGCAGAUUAAAGCUGGUCUCAAGCUGAUCGGUCAACGGCGCCGGCCUGAAAAUGCGGUGGAUAACAAGAAAUCAGCAGAGCUACUCGCUGAAUUGUCCUCUGCCGUGCCCGCUGCGCUGAUCUUAGCCAGUGCCUUCCAACGAGAUGAACACGGAAGCAAGCGAAUUCCAAUUCUCUUGGAGCAAUUGAAGGUCCGUGUUGUCGACAGUCGUAUUGACUCGCACUCUGGUGAUCGUCACCUGGUGUUCCGUAUUGAACUGGAGUACGGAAGUGGCAUGACACGAAUGAAGUGGAUCAUCUUCCGGACUUUGAGGGAUUUCGCCAAUUUGCACCUCAAGUACAAGCUUCACCUCGGCACACAAAAGUACAUUCAGCUACGAACGAGCGAGAACAGCCCUAGUCUGCCCCGUUUCCCCAGAAGUGCUUUCCCUUAUAUGCGUGGCGUUCGCGGGCUGGAAAGCGAGUUUGAAGAUGAGGAAGAGGAUGGCGGAUACGAGACUGGCCCCGAAGCCAUGAGUGGCACGGAAAAGGCUGCAAAGAAGAAGGGCAAGAACCCGCAGAAUCAGCGCAGACCUUCUCAGGGUAUUGCUCGCAGAAAGUCUAGCAUCACCAACCAGGAAGGGGAGUCUGCUGCUGGACCUUCAUCCACCCACGAAGGAGCUGGCGGUAAACGGGAGACAUAUCCUGAAAGACAGCGCAAGAAGUUGGAGCUCUACCUGCAGAAGAUGAUUCGGUUCUUAAUCUUCCGAGCCGAUAGCAACCGCCUCUGCAAGUUCCUCGAGCUUUCUGCUCUUGGUGUACGUCUCGCCGCCGAAGGGAGCUACCACGGCAAAGAGGGCUUCCUAAUCAUCCAAUCCUCAAAGGGUCUUGACUUCCGUCGAGCUCUGACGCCUUCGCUGAUCAAGAAGCGGCAUUGGCCCAAGUGGUUCCUUGUUCGCCACAGCUACGUUGUUUGUGUGGAUUCGCCCGAGGAGAUGAACAUUUACGAUGUUUUCUUGAUCGACUCAUCCUUCAAGAUGCAGACCCAAAAGAUCAGCCUUCGCAAUCAAAAGGCAAAGGAUCUGGCAAAGUCGGCAAAGGAUUCGGCUAGGCACCCCCAGCACCACACUCUUCGUCUUGAGAACUCUGAGCGCAAGUUGAAGUUACUGGCACGUAACGAACGCCAGCUUCUGCAGUUUGAAGAGUCGAUUCGUUUCAUGGCCGAAAAUACCCCGUGGAUGCAGCCGAACCGGUUCGACAGUUUCGCCCCGGUGCGUCAAAAAUGCUUUGCGCAGUGGCUGGUCGAUGGUCGAGACCACAUGUGGGUUGUAUCCAGAGCCAUCAACCAGGCAAAGGAUGUUAUUUACAUCCAUGAUUGGUGGCUCAGUCCAGAACUUUAUAUGAGACGUCCUGCUGCCAUUAGCCAAAAGUGGCGACUGGAUCGUCUCUUGCAGAAGAAGGCUCGCGAAGGCGUCAAGGUCUUUGUGAUCAUGUACCGGAACAUCAACUCUGCCAUUCCCAUUGACUCUGAAUACUCCAAAUUCUCUCUUCUUGAGCUCCACCCAAACAUCUUCGUUCAGAGAUCGCCGAAUCAGUUCCGCCAGAACACUUUCUUCUGGGCUCAUCACGAGAAACUUUGUCUGAUCGAUCACACGCUGGCUUUCGUGGGAGGAAUUGAUCUGUGUUUUGGUCGUUGGGAUACCCCACAGCAUUCUCUCACCGAUGAUAAGCCCACCGGUUUUGAAACUGCAGAUAUGCCCAAGGAUGCAGACCACUGCCAGCUUUGGCCUGGAAAGGAUUACUCAAACCCUCGUAUCCAGGAUUUCUACGAUUUGGAUAAACCUUAUGAGGAGAUGUAUGAUCGCUCUGUCGUGCCUCGUAUGCCCUGGCAUGAUAUCUCGAUGCACGUUGUCGGUCAGCCUGCACGAGAUUUGACUCGCCACUUUGUCCAGCGCUGGAAUUAUAUUCUCCGUCAGCGCAAGCCAACACGACCAACCCCCUUCCUGUUGCCUCCUCCCGACUUCAACCCUGCCGACCUGGAGGCUCUGGGUCUGGAUGGAACUUGCGAGGUGCAAAUCCUGCGGUCCAGCAGCAUGUGGUCAACGGGUACACCGGAUGUCGUCGAACACAGUAUCAUGAAUGCCUAUGUCAAGAUGAUUGAAGAGUCCGAGCACUUUGUCUACAUUGAGAACCAGUUCUUCAUCAGUACUUGUGAAAUCGAUGGCAGGAAGAUCGAGAACUUGAUUGGCGAUGCUUUGGUCGAGAGAAUUGUCCGAGCAGCAAAGAACGAGGAGGCCUGGCGUGCGGUUAUUGUGAUCCCCCUAAUCCCCGGCUUCCAAAACACCGUGGAUAGUGAGGGUGGUACUAGCGUGCGUCUCAUCAUGCAGUGUCAAUACCGCAGUAUUUGCCGUGGCGAAACGUCCAUCUUCGGGCGCCUCCGGGCGCUCGGCAUCGAGCCCGAGGACUAUAUCCAGUUCUUCAGCUUGCGAGCCUGGGGCAAGAUUGGCCCGCAGAAACAGUUGGUGACCGAGCAACUGUAUAUUCAUGCAAAGUGCAUGGUCGUCGAUGAUCGUGCUGCUAUUAUUGGAUCAGCUAACAUUAACGAGCGAUCUAUGCUGGGGUCGCGCGACUCCGAGGUCGCUGCGAUUGUCCGCGAUACUGACAUGAUCUCGUCUACCAUGGCCGGAAAGCCUUUCCUUGUUGGUCGAUUCCCACACACUCUUCGUAUGCGUCUGAUGCGAGAGCACCUUGGCAUUGACGUCGAUGAGCUUUUGGAGCACGACUUCUCGACUGAAGAGGAACUCCGCAAGAUUCAGGUUGUCGAAGAAGGCACCCAGCCGACUAAUGGGCGAGACCGCCGCGAAUCGGAGUCUUCCAUGAUCGAACGACAGGAUGAGCGUGAGAUGAUGGAGCGCCGUCAUCGCGUUCAAGACGAGUUCUUGUCCCGCUCGGAACACAUGCACAGCUUCAACCAUGAUGUGGACUGGGAGCAGGGCAAGAACCCCAACCUCAAGAGUAAUCGCCGUCUUACCGCCGAUCCACGUGUGACAGACAACCCUGAUCACAAGAAAGACGUCGAUGGCGACGGUUUCGACCACUUGAUCGAUGCUGAGAAGGCUGGUCUUGGAGUCGGCCGUGAUUCGCAAAUGUCACCGGAUGGACGAGAGGCCCUCGUCUCGCCAAUUGCUUCCGAAGGAAAGGGCACCAUUGAGCAGCCUAAGCAGACCUCGGAGCGAAAGCCUUCUCGGACCACAUCGGCACGCAAAGACGGGAAGCAAAGUUCGUCGGCUGAUAAUGCCCGGGACUCUGAAACCAACACCAACUCGGAUACCCCAUCGCAGGGCCAUGCAGCCUCUGGUUCAUCGAGCCGCGAGUCCGGCAUUGGAAGCGGCGGCCUAUACGUGUCUAAGGAAACCCAGGACAACUCCACAUACGGCAACCCGCUCAUCCCCGAUUUGAAGCGUAUCUUUAUUGACAAGGAUUGUAUGAAGGAUCCGGUCAAUGAUGCCUUUUACCUGGACACGUGGCAAGCCCUCGCGGAAAAGAACACAAAGAUCUAUCGCUCUGUCUUCCGCUGCAUGCCAGACAGCGAGGUCAAGAACUGGAAGGAGUACAAGGAAUAUUCGACAUACGGUGAACGCUUUGCAGAGAUGCAGAGUCAGCAGGGCGGCAAACCGGCCCCUUCUGCCAACCAAAAGUCAACUGGCCCCUUGAGUCCUGGUGCUAGUGCCAGUGGACUUGCUUCCCCUACAUCGCUCGGCAGUCCUAGAUCUGAAGGAUUCCCUGGUCACAUGAAGGCUCCUCAAACUAUCAAUGAGAAGGCCGAGCUUGCAAAGACCGAUGCCAACGGGACUAAGAACGAACUUGAACGGCCACAAUCCGACCUGGCGAAGCAAGAAACCUUGUCAUCCAUUGAUGAAAAGGCAGCCCUGAAGACCGCGUCAGACCCUCACUUGCUGAGUACCGCGCAGAACAAAGAGGACAGUCUUGCUGUUGAGGAUGCAGAGAAGCCACGCCCUGCAUCGGCUCAUGUUGAUUACUCCGAGGCUGUGAAUCUGAAUGCGUCGUCCACAUCACAAUCCCGCAGACGCAGAAGACGGGCUACCACUAUCGGAUCCAAGGGCCAUGGAAUGGACGAAGUGAUGGACAAGCAGCGCGCUGAAGACCUUCUUAACAAGGUCCAGGGCCAUCUUAUUCUCUGGCCAUACGACUGGCUUGAAAAGGAAGAGCAGGGCGGAAACUGGCUGUAUGCCUUGGACCAGAUCUCACCUCUGGAAAUUUAUAAUUGA